AUGGCGGCCGCGGGGACCGGCGCGGCGCGGCGCCUGGCCCGGGGCUGCUGGUCCGCGCUCUGGGACUACGAGACGCCGAAGGUGGUCGUGGUGCGGAGCCGGCGCCUGGGCGUCGUGUACCGCGCGGUGCAGCUGCUCAUCCUGCUCUACUUCGCGUGGUACGUGUUCCUCGUGCAGAAGAGCUACCAGGACAGCGAGACGGGCCCCGAGAGCUCCGUCAUCACCAAGGUCAAGGGCGUCACCGCGUCGGAACACAGGGUGUGGGACGUGGAGGAGUACGUGACGCCCCCCGAGGGGGGCAGCGUCUUCAGCAUCAUCACCAGGAUGGAGGUCACCGCCUCGCAGACCCAGGGAGCCUGCCCCGAGAGCGCGAGGGUCCAAAACGCCACCUGCGACUCGGACGAGGACUGCGUGGCCGGGCAGCUGGACGUGCUGGGAAGCGGCCUGCGCACCGGGCGCUGCGUGCCCUACUACCGCGGGGCCUCCAGGACCUGCGAGGUGUCCGGCUGGUGCCCGGUGGAGGACGGGGCCGCCGUCAGCCAGUUUCUUGGCAAGAUGGCCCCGAACUUCACCAUCCUCAUCAAGAACAGCAUCCACUACCCCAAAUUCCGCUUCUCCAAGGGCAACAUCCAGACCCGCGAGGACGGCUACCUGAAACGCUGCAGCUUCCACGCCGUCUCCGACCUCUACUGCCCCAUCUUCAGGCUGGGCUUCAUCGUGGAGCAGGCGGGGGAGAACUUCACGGAGCUGGCGCACACGGGCGGCGUCAUCGGGGUCAUCAUCAACUGGGACUGUGACCUGGACCUGCCGGCCUCCAAGUGCAACCCCCGCUACUCCUUCCGGAGGCUGGACCCCAAGCACGUCCCCGCCUCCUCUGGCUACAACUUCAGGUUUGCCAGGUACUACAGGACCCACAGCGGCAGCACGGCCCGCACGCUCAUCAAGGCCUACGGCAUCCGCAUCGACGUCAUCGUGCACGGGCAGGCCGGCAAGUUCAGCCUGAUCCCCACCAUCAUCAACCUGGCCACCGCGCUGACCUCCAUCGGGGUGGGCUCCUUCCUGUGCGACUGGAUCCUGCUGACGUUCAUGAACAAAAACAAGGUCUACAGCCGCAAGAAAUUUGACAAGGUGUGUGCGCCGAGGCCCUCCCCAGGCAGCUGGCCUGUGACCCUGGCCCUUGUUCUGGGCCAGGGCCCUCCCCCACCCGUGGACCAGGGCCAGCGCCAGGCCCCAGCCAGCCCGCCUCCAGGGCCUUGCCCCACCUCCGCCCUGUCCGAGCAGAUGGAGGACGCUCCUGAGCUGGGCGUGGGGCCAGGGCUUCCUGCCUUGGCCCCUCCCCACCUGGACUCCCAGCUCUCGGACCCUCGGGGUUUGGCCCAGCUCUGAGCACCACCUGCCUCCCAGUACCCAGCACCUCAGCCCCACCCACAGGGGUCCCACCCACACCCCUUACCCACCAGGUGGAGGUGAAGGACCCCAAGGGACCAGGUAGGGGGCUGUGCCCCUGCUCUCAGCGCCCCCAGACAGUAGGCAGGCUGCUCCUGCCACCCCCCAAGGAAUCACGUCUGGUGUCCAAUAAACCUGU